AUAUUGGAGAGGAUUCAUUUUCAUAUAGUACCAAGCAGAGAUGCAGACAUGUGUACCUCCAAGUCUUGUAUCACUCACCAGAAGUUUGCUAUGACUCUGUAUGAACAGUGUGUGUGUCGCAGCUGUGGAGCAUCAUCAGAUCCUCUACCUUUUACAGAAUUUGUGCGGUACAUUUCUACAACAGCCCUAUGCAAUGAGGUAGAAAGAAUGAUGGAAAGGCAUGAACGUUUUAAGCCUGAUAUGUUUGCAGAAUUGCUGCAAGCAGCAAAUACGACUGAUGACUAUAGGAAAUGUCCUAGUAACUGUGGCCAAAAAAUAAAAAUUCGCCGUGUUUUAAUGAAUUGCCCAGAGAUUGUUACAAUUGGUUUAGUAUGGGAUUCUGAGCAUUCUGACUUGACUGAAGAUGUUGUUCGGAAUCUAGCAACACAUCUUUAUCUUCCUGGGCUUUUUUAUAGAGUUACUGAUGAAAAUGCCAAAAAUAGUGAACUUCACCUAGUUGGUAUGAUCUGCUACACCAGCCGACAUUAUUGUGCCUUUGCUUUUCAUACCAAGAGUUCCAAAUGGGUAUUUUUUGAUGAUGCAAAUGUGAAAGAGGUUGGGACUAGAUGGAAGGAUGUGGUCUCCAAAUGUAUCCGAUGCCAUUUCCAGCCACUGCUUUUGUUUUACGCAAACCCAGAUGGCACAGCAGUUUCUACUGAAGAUGCACUUAGGCAGGUCAUCAACUGGUCACAUUAUAAAUCCGUUGCAGAAAAUAUGGGAUGUGAAAAGCCCUCAAUUUAUAAAUCAGAUAAUUCAAAAGAAAAUGGAUUUGGUGAUCAGGCAAAACAGAGAGAAAAUCAGAAAUUUCAUACAGAUAAUACAUCAUCAUUUAAUCGGAGCCACAUUCAAACAAAUGACGGUAGAGGACAAGUUAAGUUAAGUCACAGUGAUCAAAGGGAAAAAAUAAAAGACAUUUCCAGAGAAUGUGCUUUAAAAGCCAUUGAACAGAGAAACUUACUUUCCUCACAAAGGAAAGAUUUGGAGAGGGGACAAAGAAAAGAUUUGGGCCGACAUAAAGAUUUGGUUGAUGAAGACCUUCCACAUUUCAAGUCUGGAUCACCUCCUGCCCCAAAUGGCUUUAGACAAUAUGGAAACCCACAUCUCUAUCAUAGUCAAGGAAAAGGACCAUGUAAACAUGACCGAGUUGCCCAUCAGAGUCGAGCUUCUGCACAAACACUGAGUUCAAGUAAAUCCCAGAUUCUUGCCCCAGGAGAGAAAGUAACUGGCAAAGUUAAGAGUGACAGUGGCACUGGAUAUGAUACAGACAGCAGCCAAGAUUCUAGGGAUAAAGGAAGCAGCUAUAGUGGCAGCAGCAAAAGCCGGACCCGAGGUUGGAAACCUAUGAGAGAAACGUUGAAUGUUGAUAGUAUUUUUAAUGAAAGUGAAAAAAGGCAGCAUAGUCCAAGACAUAAAUCAAGUAUCAGUAACAAACCUAAAUGUAGCAAAGAUCAGAGUUUUAACAACUGGCCAAAAGAAAACCCAAAGCAAAAAUGUUUAAUGACCAUAUAUGAAGAUGAUAUGAAGCAGGAAAUAGGAAGCAGGAGUUCCCUUGAAUCUAAUGGAAAAGGAGCAGAGAAAAAUAAAGGCCUCAAAGAGACUAAAGUUCAUGGUGACAACUGGCAGAUGCAAAGGACCGAGUCUGGAUAUGAAAGUAGUGAUCAUGUCAGUAAUGGAUCAGCUAAUUUGGAUUCACCUGUUAUCGAUGGAAAUGGUACAGUAACGGAUGUCAGUGGUGUUAAAGAAACAGUAUCCUGCAGUGACCAGGUAAAGACAAACAACCUAAAUAUAGAAUGUGUCAGCUCUUCCCCCCAACAGAGCAAAAACUACUUAGAAGCCUCAGGCUUUAGAAAAGAACUCAAGAAUUUGGAAGUAGGCUAUAAAUCUCAUGAGUUCCACCCAGAGUCACAUCUACAAAUAAAAAAUUCUUUGAUGAAAAGGUCACAGAUACGUGAAACAAAUGGAAAGUUAUUCCCUUCAUCAGGUCCACAGAUACUCGAGGACAAUGCAGCAAGAGAGCAUAUCCACCAGUCAGGUGAACAGAAACUUGAAACCCCAAGUGAAUGCAAAUUUUCUGAGUGGCUUAAUACAGAAAAUUCUGAGAGAACAGGUUUACUUUUUCACGAUGAUAAUUCUGCUCCUGGAAAGAGAAUGAACAGUAAUGAAGUAGUCUCAUCAUCUUCACUGUGGUCUUCACACAUGAGACCUGUUGGGGUAAAGCCAGAAACUUCUCCCCUCAUCCAGCAGCAAACUAUGAUGGAACAAUGUUGCUCUGAGAACUCUCUGUCCAGGGAACAUAUAAUUGAGUCAACCUGCAGGUCUGAUGGUUGUCAGAUGCCAAAACUUGUUAGCCAUAAUCCACCACCUCCUUUGCCACCAAAGAAAUAUGCUAUAACCAGUGUGCCACAGUCAGAGAAAAAUGAUCCCGCACCUAAUGUAAAACUUACAGAGAUGUUUAAAGCUAAUUCUUCUAGUCUUCCAAAGCACAGUUUAUAUUUGGAUUCAGAACCAAGUUCAGAAGUAGUUGAUAGCUGCAUGACUGAUACAUACAGACUGAAAUACCAUCAGAGACCCAAGCUCUGUGUUCCAGAAAGCGGUGGUUUUUGUAAUGAUCAUGCAAUAUCUCAGAGUGAAAGAGGGCUAGCACCUGUGUUACACAACAGUCUUGGUUCAAACUGCCCUUCUGAGCAGAGAUAUAAACCUAGUAUACACUGUAAUAGGUAAGUGAUGAAACUGGUAAGCUUAUACUUCUCAGAGGCCAUGAAAAUAUAAUAGGAAUUGACUGACCAAACCUGGUGAUACAUGAAACUAAAACCGUGGCAUUUUUAAAGUCAUUAAUCACUUUAAUUUUCUAUAUAUAUUUUUUAUUUUGUGAUCAAUUUAUUGGAUAUUUUAGAAAUUCCCUUUGAAUAGUCUUGGCGUGCCUGCAAAACAAAAUCAGGGGGUAUGCAAAAAGUCACUGCUGCAGUUGAAUAAAAAUGUAAUUUGCUCCUUUAUAUGUGGCUAGUAGACCCGUAAGUAUUAAACUAACCAGUACUCACAUUUGUAGAUUGGUAAACUAUGCUAAUUGAAAAAUACCAGGUGAUACAUAGUUUGUGUAGUCAAAGCAGUAUUUGCUUUAUGAAGAAGCACUUUCUUUCUAAUGGGUAACCAACCAAAAGAGGGCUUCACCCAUUUGUUUUUGACUUCUGUGAUAGUCUACUACAUAUGAUCCCUUCAAGUGUCUUAAAAAAUACCAACCCAUGAAAUUGAUAGCAUUUGCGGGGGGAGCCUUAAUGAUAAAGCAGUUUUUAAAUUAAAUUCUUAAGGUCAGAACAGAAGAAACUUAAUUUUGCUCCUAGAAUUUUAAUCUUCAUAAUGCCUCGAUAACAUAAAUUAGGACUUUAUCAUAAACUUACUUCAGCCAUGUAAGCUAAAAAUAAGUGAAAUUCUUAACGUUAGUAUAUGUGUUACUUUUUUUUCUAAUUUUAUAUGAAAUGUGAAAGGUUUUAUUUUGGUUUGGUUUAUUUUGGGCUGCUAAUAACCAGUGUUAGGAAUUUAACUUAGGGCCCACUGGGGAUGUCACUGUGACUGCCUAAAUUUUCCCUGCUAUCAUCUUAACCUCUCUUUAUAGGUCAACCCAUUUUAAUGAUUUUCAGAUUCUUGAAUUCGAGUAUUUCUGGGUUCCAGAUUCAAUUUCUACCUUCAUUUAGAGGGUUUAAUUUUAAUGAAAUGUAUUAAUUUGAGCAUCCCUCCCAUUUUUCUAAACAGUCAUUUUACCCUACUUUCACGGAGAGGGCUUUUUUUUUUUUAAAUAAAGGAAUUUUCCAUUAUCAGUAUGACCUAUAAAUGAAGUUACAUUAAUUGCUUUAUUUCAUUAGUUGUCAUUUUAUUUUGUACUAAGUUGGUAAAUGUAUUGUGGCUAAGUAUUGUAUUGUCCAUGUAAGAAAAUUGAAAAUUACAGAAUUAAAAAUUUUCUUACAUUAAUAAACUUCAUACAUAUAACUUAAUUCUGUAAUCUGAUUAGUAAAUUUUAAUGUUUUGACCAGCUCCAUAACUUAAAAUAUUCUAAAAUAUAAAUGAUCAAAAUGAGCAUUCCUAGAUAAAUAUAAAAUAAUUGCUUGUAAAAACCUAAUCUCACCCAGUUAAGAAAUCUUGGUCAAUUAUUGUCUUCCACCUAGAGAAGUUUUUACUAGCCUUUUCUAACUGUAACAGUAGGGUGAUUAUUACUUUAUAUUCUCUUAAUUUAGAAAUACUUGAAUAUGAACUAUAUUAAACUUUUAUCUUUUAAGAAAGCUUAUUUUUAAAUAACUUUUAGUAUGGAGGGUUUGUAAAUACUGUAAAGUUUCUAAAAUUGUAUUUGACAUAACAUUGUAUUUAAUUAUUGCUUUUAUAACAUUGUAAAAUACUAGAAAAUGGGUUUCAAGUAUUUUUAAUAACUUUGAAAAACUUUGUCUAGUUUUUUUUUAAGAUUUCUAUUUGGUCAAGAUGUCUAGUUAAAAAUGUAUUAUUUGAAACAUAAACUAAUUUCUGUUAUUUAACAGCAGUCUCAUAGAUUUGUAUUUUCAACUCACAGUUCAGUUGCAACAUCAAAUAGAAAUAUCUAACUUUGGCUCUUUUUAAAGUACUGUCCAGUUGAAACCACCUGAAUCAUGUAAUAGUACUAACUAGGAACUGUUGGUGUUGAUUCAACACUCCAAAUACAGAUUUGAAUACAUAAUUACUAACUAUUCACAUGUAAAAUUUUUAUUUCUAGAGUACCUAAUUUUUAUAUGUGUUUUCUUCUCAUUAUAAAAUUAUGGUAACUUCUGAAAUAAUGCAACCAAUAAUUAUUGUAAUGUUCAAAAUACUUAUCUUCAGACUGUUGAUUUUUCUGUGAAAUCAGUUUCUAACGGUUCAAAUUUUUUUUUUUAAGAUAAACUGAUUUUUGGGGCGCCUCAGUGGUUAAGCGUCUGCCUUCGGCUCG